AUGGACACACCGCUGGUAACCUCAGAUGGAUUCCCUCGUAGCGACAUAGAUGUUGCACAGAUCCGCGAAGCUCGUUCAAGAAUCAUUAGACUGAAAAAUGAUCUACGAGGUAUCAUGAGCCAAAUCGAAGCUGGUUUGGUAGAGUAUUUCAAGCAAGCCAAAGAUAAGGGAACUUCAGAUAUCCCUCAAAUCGCAUCAUCUUCAAGUAGCAGUAAACAAUCUGGAUUAAGCAGUGAAACAAACAGUACUUCAGGCGUAAACACAGGCAGUUCGACCGCCUCAGAAGCGACGAGAUCAAAUGCUCCCAAACCUCCUUCUAUACCAUUUGCACGAGUAAAUUCGGUGGAGCCCAACAGCCCUGCUGACAGCUCUGGUCUUCUACCCGGCGAUCAGGUUGUGUCAUUUGGAAGUGUUAAUGUCACCAACCAUCAAAACCUUAGUCGCAUUGCCCAAACCGUACAGGCCAACGAAGGGGUAAGUGAUUCAACUGUUUUAUUUCUGGACUCAAUACUGAGUAUUAUGCUCAUGCAAUUCAAAACUAAAUACUAA